GCAUCUCAGCGGAUAACUCAGAAGUCGCAAUUCUGACUUUAACAACGCGUCUAUAAUAACAGUGAAGUUUUUUGUUAUGGUGAGAAUGAAUAUGAAUGAUAAUAUGCAUGACUGAUAACACUGCGUAUUACUUUCCUCACAGAAAAUGUAAAAUCACCUCAAGCUCAAGUUAAGUGAAGUAUGCCUCUCUUGUAAAUUCGUACUAUUUAGUGACCGGACUCAAUCUCCAUUUUAUCCUUCAUCAUUUGAAGCGCAAGCAAACAGAUAAUGAGCGCAGACAGAAUUACACCCUUGCAUGAGCCACAGCUCAAUGCCGCCGUGAGGUCUGGGAAUUUAAAAGCAGUGAAAACUCUAGUUUCAAAAGGAAGAGAUCUUCGAAAUAUUGAUAACCGAGGUUAUACUUGCCUUCAUAUAGCUGCCAUUUCCUCAGACCGAUCCAAGUGUCUGCUAUACCUCCUGAACAAAGCUAAAUAUAUAAUGAAUGAGAAAACAUACGAAGGAGAAACCCCUCUGCUGGUUGCAUGUGAAAAUAAUAACUUCACUGCAGUUCAAAUGUUACUUAAUGCUGGAUGUGAUCCAAAUAUCUCAAACAAUGAGGGUAUAACUCCAUUGCACUACACUUGUGCAGUUGGAAACACAAAAAUAGCCAAUUUGCUCAUAUCGCAUGGAGCAUUACUUGAUGUUCAAGAUUUCAAUGAGUACACACCAUUGCAUGAAGCAGUAUCUUGUGAGUCCUUAGAAAUAUGUGGUUUGCUUUUAGCAAAUGGUGCUAGCAUGACAAUCAAAGAAAGACAUGGACGCACUCCUUUUGACAUGGCUUGCGGGCGGCAAAAUGUCCGGUUAGUCUCUCUCUUAUUCGAACAUACCAGUGACAUUAAUUCAAGGGAUGUUUGGCAAAUAACCCCGCUUAUGUCUGCAACUCAGUCUGGAUCCUAUGAGGUCGCCAAAUUUCUAAUUGAUCAUGGAGCAAAUCCAAACCUGUAUGAUUCCGAUCGUGUUCUACCAAUUCACCUGGCAGCCCAUGCCAAUAAGCCAAAACUAUUAGAGCUAAUGAUGAGUGUAACUUCUGUUGAUGUAGUCGAAGACAAUUGCACCCGCACCAGAGUUCAAAAUUUCCGAUCCAGUCGCUCAUGCUAUCGAAGUUUACCAUGCCUUGCUGUAGAUGCACAGUGUCUUGAGGGUUUAAAAUUGAUCCUUAACUCAAAUUACUCGACAGAAGUAAAAACUUGCCCCUAUGUUGAUCCCAACAAAAAUCCAGUGUUUGUAUCCCCUUUUAGUUUGUGUGUAAAAAAAAUUGUUCAAUCUGGACUGAGCCCACAUUUUCUAGAUGCCUUUUUAGAAGUGGAGUAUGAUGUCAACUUUGUCUGGGAUGAUCCAACACCUGUUUUAAGUCCAUUGUGUGCUGCACUGACUACACGAAGACUGCAGGAUGUUAGAUAUGUAUUAAGCAUCCUUCAAAAGUUGAUAGAUACAGGGAUUGAUGUGGACUACCGUGGAACAAGCUUUGAAACCCUUCAUGAAGUCAACUGUAACUAUGGCUGCAAGAGGACAGCUUCUAGACAGUUACCAGAUGUUUUUAAAUUUGCCCUGAUGAUUGGAGUGUGGGAUAUUCUUUUCUUCUUGUUGAAGAAAUCUUGUAUUGUCGAGCCCUAUCUCUUACUGGAGUGUGUUUCUGAGUAUCAAAAAUGUUCUCAUCACAAUCUAUACAUUGAUCACUUUGAGGUUUUAGGCCCAAUGUUUUUAUGGAAAAUUUCUCCGUGUUUUAGUCUUGAACAUCCCUCUUGGCCUCUAAAGUCUGUUCCAUCGCUCUUAAUUUUAGCUCGUGAUGCAGUUAGAAAGUUUUUGCAUCAACUUACAGCCGAUGAACCCAAAUGUUUCUUCAGUCAGUUAGAGCAAUUAAAAGUUCCAAUUGUUUUGAAACAAUUUAUAAAGUUUGAACAAUAAAUUUUCAUCUGACAAUUGCUCUGUUUGUUGCUCAUCAAAAGAAAUAAAUGUCAUAGCUUUACA